AGUGAGUCGUAAAAACAACAACAGGUUCGGUGGUCUGCAAAUUGUCUGAUUUGUCUCUCGUUCUUUUUGAAAAAUAAUAAUUUUAAGCUGCUAUGGAAGAUAAAUUCUCUGUGUGGAUAGGUUCUUUAUCAUUGCAAUGCAAAGAACAGACAUUAUCUGAUUAUUUCGGUAAAUUUGGGCCGGUCAAAAGCGUUGUGAUUUGUCGAGACGAGCUUGGCAAGUCAAAGCAGUUUGGUUAUGUUAACUUUUACAACCGUGAAAUUGCCGAGUGUGCAGCAACGGUGAUGGAUGGAUGUGAGUUGUUAGGUCAAACAAUCAAAACUAAAGGACCAAGCGAGCUACAGAAGUUGAGAAAUGAACAAAAUAUUGCGUCAAAGAAGGAUUAUAGGAUGUUCACUGAUUGCUUGUUUUUUAUUGAUGGUCGUCAGUGCACGUGGAGAUACGGAGAGUGUCUGUUUCGCCAUUGUGGUCCAGCACGAAAUACUGAAGUUGUUUGUGUGAAAUGGUUGGAGAGACGAUGCGAGAAUAUUCAGUGUCCAAAAAGACAUCCAAGAUUGACUAAAACUCCAACUAUAAUAGAUAAUACAGUUACCAGAUGCCCAAGCCAUAAUGCUUUUAAGUGUUUUGGUGAAUGUGGCAACGAAGAUUGUAAUACUCAUUUCUUGGACAAUGCUGCGUAUCAUGAACAUGUCAAAACAUCAAUGAAGAAGUUAGCUCACCCAGUUGAUACCUGUACCAAGUGUCAAGCUGUAUUUUUCAAAGAAGAAGAAAGAAUAAACCACAGAUGUUACAAGAAUGUCGCAAAAUCACCUCGUCCAGGUCCAAUUCAACAAUUCACGUCAACCCGCUUGCAGGCUGAGAAGGACAUUGUCCAUCCACAUCCCACGUAUCCUGUCAAAACAUGUUGUACCACCACCCAAAACAACACCCAAAAUAUUCAUACCCAACAAACCAAUAUGAAAAACAAAAAAUAUCAGACUUCAUGUGAUUGUCUAAAUAACAAUUAUGACAAGACUCAAAUGAUCAUCUCCAAGACAAACAUGGGAAAUUCCAUAAAAUACAGUAAUAAACCUUGGCCUCAACAUGAUUCAAACAAUUGCAAUGGUUUGUCAACUUCGUUGCUCAAACAAGAAUCCUUUCUAAAACAAGGAGACCCAACUAUACAGCACUGUGCUCGGAAAGAAUCCAACCCUAAUAUUUUCAAUCCUCUAAACACACCCUCUGCAAAUCAUAUGCAGAAACCAUUGCCUCUCAGUUCAAUUAAUGCAAUCAAUUCUUCCCCAAAUCACUUAAAGACUUUGAAAGAAUUGGAGCCUGUUGGUGUUUUCUGGGAUUUUGAGAAUUGCUCAGUUCCCAAGGGAAAGUCGGCUCAAGCUGUAGUACAGAAAAUACGACGUGUCUUCUUUAAAGAAAAGAGAGAAGUGGAGUUUAUGUGUGUUUGUGAUACGAGCAAGGAGAAGAAAACUGUUAUUGAGGAACUAAAUAAAGCACAGGUGACGGUAGUUCACAUCAACGCGACUUCAAAGAAUGCUGCAGAUGACAAACUUCGUCAAAGUUUACGUCGUUUUGCGCAGACAUUCAGCAGACCAGCGACGGUGAUUCUGAUCUCUGGAGAUGGCAACUUUGCAGCUGAUUUAUCUGAUCUUAGACAUCGUCACAAUUUUCAGAUCAUUUGUCUUCAUUAUGUUGCUGCCUCGUCCGCAUUGCUUGCUUUUGCUCACGAAACUCAUCGCUUUGAUCAGUUCACUGAAGAACUUCAAGCACUAGGACAGACAACGUACAAGUCAUCUUUCUCCAACGAUGUGUUGGUGACGAAUCUGCCAAUAACGAAGAAUACAACUGUCCUUAAAACACGAUUGACCAAACUUUCUGAUAACUGCGGAGGCAAAGUGGUUUCUAUCAACGGGAAUAAAGCUAUCGUGCGUUUUCCAAAUUCUGAAGCUGCAUACAGGGCCAGACGACGACUUGAUAAAGAAGACUUGUUUGGCAAUAUUUUACGAGCGACACAACUGCCUUUGACAAACAACAAAGAUGGCGGUGAUGAGUCACCCACAAGACAAAAACAUGAUGAGAAUUCUAGCGAUGUUUCGACGCCAACUUCUUCAUAUCUGGUCAAACCUCGCAUGGGACUUCGUUUGAAUGAGAACACGAGCAAUGGAUCUUGGAAAGAAAACCAAUCGUUAAAUUGUUCUAACGGCACCAAGAAUAUCUUUAAUCCUCCGAAUCAAACAUUGAACUUUCCUCAACAUCGCUUUAAAGAACCGUCGCAAACAAGCUUUCCAUAUCCAAAUCCGCAAAUAUUUCCACGUCACCCUGGUCCUAUGAUGUUCAAUAGUUUGCAUCAUUCUCCGUUAUUGCAUAACAUAUUCGGUUUACGGGGUGGGGGCUCCCCCUCCCCAAUACCAAUCGCCACACCUCCUUCCCCCCUAUCAUCUCCACCAUCUCCACUCAGACCUGUAGUCAAUGGUAUGGCCGGAAGAUCACCCUCACCGGAACAACAGUUCAAUGGUGUGGAUCUACUGGUCACCAAUAUCAACGAAGGUGUGCCUAAAAAUGAAAUUCAGAAGAAAAUAGCCUCCGUGUUCCGAGAGCAUUGUAAGGUUUAUUCUGUCGUGCUUUAUUCAAAGAACGGAGCACCAUUGCGUGCUUUUGUGAAGGUCCCCAAACCAACGGACGCUCAUAUCGCAAUUACGAAAGUCUCAGGCAAAUCAAUCCUUGGCAAGAUUGUUCAUGUUUCCUUAGCAACUGAGAGAGAUAAAGAAUCGUGUUAUUUACAAGAUGAGGCGAUUUCUAUCUUACGAGGAGCCCCGUUAAGCUGGCUACCGCUUGCUACAUUUUUUACCAACUUUGAGAAGAAGUAUCGCAAACGUUUAGACGAAAGACAUUUGGAUCAGAUUCAAGAUAUUGUGGUGGUGAAUGGCUCGUUAGGUUGUCAGACAAUCUCACUUUUAGAAGGAAAAAUUGAUUCAGAAACAGUUAUUGUUGAUGAUUCGUUCUCAUCGGAUGUUGUGAAGCUUCUUCAUCAUUACGACGGCGUCAUUCCUCUAGUUAGUUUCCCAGCCUUGUAUUGGUUAGAGUUUCAUAAAGAUAUCGCAGUCAGUUCCACUGGAUCUGCACUGGAAGAGCUGUUGUGUCGUAUACCAAACGUCACGGUCACUGGUAGUACAACGAAGCGAAAUAUCUCGUGGCAAGAUGGACCUCCUUCCAGCCCUGGCGAUACCUUGGGUAUGUCACAAUUGGGUUCCAGGCUGGUUGAUAUUCUGCAACAAGAUCAUGAAUUUGAUAUGACAUUUGAACGACUGCAGGAAAAGUAUUUAUCUUGUUAUGGAUGUGAAUUAGACCCGAUGUCGUAUGGAUUUCAAAACCUCUCAAAUCUGUUGCGUUGUUUAGUCAGCAUUGCACAGGUAAAAGAAGUUUCGUCGAUAAGCCACAUCUGUCUUCUUCAUCAACAUCGAGUGAAGUUAUUUAAAAGAGAAAUUUCAGAGUUGUUAAAGAAACAGCCUCAACACAGCAUUCUUCUUUCAAACUUCAUGGCUUCGUAUGUAAAGCAUUUUGGUCAGAAGUUUAAACUAUCAUCGUUUGGUUUCACUCGUCUAACUGAUCUGAUCAAAGCCGUGUCAAGCGUUGCUGAGAUCGAAGGUGUUGGUGAUCAACGAACAGUAAAACUUGUUCUUGAAGGAGACGAGAAGCUAUCAAACUCCAAGGACUUCAAUCAAAUUCUUCGCAAUGUUGUCCACUCCGUCGUGCAAGUGAAGGCCGACAUUUUUACACUCGUGAAUGCUCAAGAAACUAAGUUGAUUUGUCUGAAGAAUAUUUCAAAGCUGUACGAAAAUUAUUUUCAUCACACCUUUCCAUACGACAGCUUACUCCUGAAUGAAGCUAUAGAAAAUCUCGAUAAACCGUUAGAGGUUCGAGGGAAAGGAAAUGAACAGAUCAUUGGUAUUCUCCAUGGCACACAAGAAGAGAAACCUAAAAACAUUGAUUUUCCGUUUGUGAGAACCGCAGUUGAGAUUCUCUAUGAAUGUCUGGGUUACACGUUAGAAAAAAAGAAAUUUUUAAAUCUGUAUCAGGAAAAGCUUCGUCGAAAUGGAACAGUUCCACAAAAUGAUGCAAGUCUUCCCAGCUGUGUUCAGGUAACAAGAGUGGAUGGUGUAGAAAUGGUUGAGUUGAAGCCUUCGUACUGCGCACGUGUGCUCGUUGAAGAACUAAAACAAUUGUUUUCUUCAAUCGACGAUUCCUCAAUAUUUCUGGAUGAGCUUCCAGAACGAUAUGAAGAAUAUUUUAAGAAGAUAUUUCAUCUUGAAUUACAUGGUUCAUCGUGUUUGGAGGAUUUUAGAGAGAGAUUGAAUGGUUUUAUAACAGUGACAAGUUCUGCAAACAAUGCUCAUCAUAUCACAUUGUCUCCAAUCUCCCGUUUUGAAGUGGAAACUCAGGCUCUGCUGGAUAAAUGUGGUGGAUGCCUGUCUCUGAGUAGAUUUGCUCCUGUUUAUCAACAGAUGUACUCUAAGCCAUGUAUUGUCUCUGACUAUGGUUAUACCAAGCUAUCCUCACUUCUCAAUGCAGUUCCUCAUGUAGCAAGAAUUAUUGGCACUGGUCCAGAGAAGGUGGUUAUUGCUGUUCAAAGAUCAAUCUCUGAGAGAGUUACUUCUGAUAUGUUGAGUGUACAAAUUAUUGGUGGAAGCACUGAAGAAAUUUGUCCUGUAAAAAAAGAUAAACCUGUCCAACCACCAAGUUCUCUCCGCAUGCAAUCAUUAUCUGAGAGAGCUCCAGAUCAUGAGGCAGUGUCCAGCGAAUCAGGUACAGCAAAGGUUUGUUCACCUGUGGGUGAGAAAGGUUGUUUCCGUGCAACUCCAUCGAAAGUUCGUCUUGCAGCAAACUUCACAUUACAGCGCAAUGAAAAGUAAUUUCAAUUUCAAAACAUGAACAAAAGUUUACUUGUACAAGACAGAAAUGUGAGACCACCCAGGUAUGAUAAAAUAUUUAUAUGUCAGACGUGAAUGGUAUUUUGUUUUUCUCUUUCAUCUGCAAUAUUUUUACUUGUUUAUUUGUCAAUAUUUUUGUUUUACCAAGAUUUAGCUAUCAUGAAACACACCUUUUUCAUGUACAAAUAGUUCGCACAAAGAACCAAAAAAAUCAUUUGGAAGUUCACAACAUUUUCUGUAUACACUAGUCAA